UUCUCCGCGAGGCGGAGGCAGAGGACAUCACGACCCCCCCCCCUGCACAAUGCGCUCGUCCUCAGCCUGCCCGCGGUGGAGGCGGCGAGCGCAGCUUCUCACAGCCGGGUUGGGUGCGAGUCGCCAUGCAGAGGGAGCGCCGCGAUAACAACAACCACAACAACAACCACCACAACAACAACCACCAGCACAGCCACUAGAAGGCUGCUCCUCCUCCACACUCCACACAGCCUCGCAGUGCUGAGCCUCAACUCGGCCCGAGGCGGAGGGCUAAAGCGACCCCCGUCACCCACUCACCCCCCUCAACUCUCCCGCUUCACGCACAACGUAGACACACACGCACUCCGCACAUUGCAAGGUGUACACUCUCAGUUGAAGGGGGCGAGGAGAACUCCACAGUGAGACCGGGCGAGUGUCUGACGAGCGGUGACCCGCGGCCCUGACCCCCGCGCCUCCGAUCAGCGGAGCUACGUACGGCGCGAAAGAAGUUCAAGCUUGGUUGGCUACGUACGGCGCGAAAGAAGUUCAAGGUACAGCGAGAGGAGUGGAGGAGAGUGGAGGAGUCUCCCCUAUCAGCAGCAGCAGCGCCGACUUGCCUUGUCAGAAGCCAUUGUGCCACGAGAGCUGCGAUGAACCUCUCGCGUCCAUCGUCCUUGCCUGGCCUCCGCCGCAUGUGCCGCUUAUGGCCUCUGAGUCGUGCACCAGGGAGAAACGCGGCGCAUCGGCCUUCGUGCUGUCGGACGUCUUUGUGUACAAGGGGUCACGUGACAAGCAGUUCGCAAGGAGGUGGCAUUGUACGAGCAGACCCGAGCAAGAUGACACAUCCAGUGGUGAAACGAGGCCCUUUCUCGCUAUUGGAGCCUCGGGACAUAGAGGUUUUCCAAGCUAUGCUGCCAGAACGCGUCAUCACAGAUCCAGACGUGCUAAGAGCUUCUUGUACUGACUGGCUGGGGAAUUGUCCUGGAAAUAGUGUCCUUAUGCUGAGACCACGCACCACCAAAGAAGUGUCUGAGAUACUCAGGUACUGCAAUGAGCGUCAGCUGGCGGUGACACCCCAGGGAGGAAACACGGGGCUCGUAGGAGGCAGCGUGCCGCUAUUCGAUGAGAUUAUUGUCUCCACUUCCUUGAUGGAUGAAGUCGUCAGCUUCAAUCCACUCUCAGGUGUGCUGGUUUGCCAGGCUGGCUGCGUGUUGGAACGUUUGCAUAACUAUCUGUCGGAGCACGGGCACAUAAUGCCAUUGGACCUCGGUGCCAAGGGAAGCUGUCAGAUCGGAGGCAAUGUGUCAACUAAUGCUGGAGGAGUGCGGCUCAUCCGCUACGGGUCUCUCCGUCACACAGUACUGGGGGUCGAGGCUGUGCUGGCUGAUGGUACGGUGCUGGAUCUAUUGACCACGUUGCGCAAGGACAACACAGGCUAUGACCUGAAGCAGCUGUUCCUGGGAGGAGAAGGCACGCUGGGCCUGGUGACUGCAGUUGCACUUGCCUGCCCCAGAAUGCCCAGCUCACAAAACGUCGCUUUCCUAGGCUGUGAAAGUUUUGAUGCUGUGCUGAAGACGUUUGAGCUCGCCAGGCACAGACUGGGAGAAACGCUGUCGGCCUUUGAAUUUCUGGAUGAAGUUUGCAUGUGGCUGGUGAACACUCACCUGGCGUUGGCCAACCCCGUCACUGAGCACCCUUUCUACGUCCUGGUGGAGACCGCCGGCUCGUGCGGCCGGCACGACGACGAGAAGAUGCAGGACUUCCUGCAAGAGGCGAUGGAGACGGCCCAUGUGUCGGCAGGGACGCUGGCAACGGACCCCUCCAAAGUGCAGGCACUGUGGAGUGUGCGUGAACGCAUCACAGAGGCACUUUCGCGUGAUGGUUUUACCUAUAAAUAUGAUGUGUCGCUACCAACGGAGGACAUUUACAACUUGGUCGUGGAGACGCGACGGGUGUUUCAGGGUGAAUCCAAGCACAUUGUGGGCUACGGACAUCUGGGUGACGGUAACCUGCAUCUGAAUGUCACGGUGCCGGCUCAUGAUGCCGACUUCAAGAAGCGACUGGAGGAGCUGGUGUACGGUUGGACGGCGCGGUGCCGAGGCAGCGUGAGUGCGGAGCACGGGGUGGGCACAUUCAAACGGCACGUCCUGGCAAGCACCAAAUCGCCCGUGGCGCUUGGCAUCAUGCGAGGCAUCAAACAGAUGCUCGACCCGAAGGGAAUCCUCAACCCGUACAAGAUCUUGGCAGAUUAAUCACGCACAGCCACGUGAAGCUCUGUAAUACAAACGAGUUGUGUGAUGGACAUUGAGACGUUGCCAGUGUAAUGUUUCUCCAGUGAAUGUCAACGUGUGUUUUGUGCCCAUAUGGGGAAACAAAAGUUAAAUUGAAUGAAACAGUACAUUUAUUAAAUUAUACAUGUUUAAAACUAUUUAUUUUGAAAAAUGUAAUUACAUUGGCAAAUACUGUCUUGAAAAAUAAAGUGUGUAAUCCUCACGUGUAACAAAAUACAGUAAAAUCUUGGAUUGCGAGCAUAAUUCGUUACGGAAACGUGUUCGUAAUCUAAUGCACUUGUAUAUCAAAGCAAAUUUCCCCAUAAGAAAUAAUGGAAACUCAGAUGAUUCGUUCCAAAAUACCUUUUUAGAUUUUUAUUAUUAAAAUUUAAUAUAAAGUAAUCUAAUUUAUUAAUUAAAUUUAAUCGUGGCUGGUGUGAGAGAGACGAGGAGAGGAGGGUUAUUGUGUAGGACGACUUUUAUUUGCAGUACAGUUACUAAAGAACAGUCACUGCACUUGGACACAAAAUAAAAAAAUGCUUUACGCACACACACGUGGUCACAACACUAUAGUAAACAGUAUACACUCGCAUGGAUGUUGACUAUACGAGUGAGGCACUUCGACGGAGAUCGAGAAUGGGAGACAAUUACCCACAAUCCCGCAGCGAGAGAGCGAAGAACCAUCGGUUCAGUUGUGAUCACGUGACGCUCGGCAGACAAAGCGUAUACUGUACGUACUAGAGUACUCGUAUUGCAAGACAUCGAUCGUCUAUCAAAUUAACAUUUAUAAAAAAAAUUUGCUCGUCUUGCAAAACACUCGCAGACCAAGUUACUCGUAAUCCAAGGUUUUACUGUUUUUCUUAUUCCCAGAAGCCCUCAAAAGCUUGUUCCUCAUUCAGCAAAUUUGUCAACGAAUAACAAAAACUCAUUAUCAAAAACACUAUGGCCUUAAAGUAUAUAGGGGGAAAAUAUAAUAAAUAAACAAAUCAGGCUUUUAACCUGCACAAUAUGUACUCGCUUUCGACGUGAGAGCAUGACUCAAGAGGUACUAGGAGGAACCACAGACGAGCAGGAAUUCCCCUCUCCAAGUUCUGCAGUCCUCUAUAUAUCAAUGUCUUAGCGUUCAAUUAAUGAGUGGUUACAUUGGGAGGAAAUCUGAGCACCCCGAGAUAACCCACGUGUGUGAGGGGGCAACGCUCUAUCCAUACAGGGAUGGAACAGGUGGAGUCCACAUGUGCUGCAUCGCCUUCUGGCAAGCCAUGGUAUAUGACUCCUCGACGCCAACGGGAGUUUCCACAACAGUUGUGAUCCGCCAACCCCUCGUUUCCAGUGCUGGAUUAGAAGCCACCACCACCCCGCUAAUAGGCGACGUUUCGGGCAAUGGCCCUUAUUUAUAGAGAACAGAUGGAGUGAACAAUAGUUGCAAGCCGCACUAUAUACCAUGGGGCCCUGAUGAAAAAUAUUUUAAUGUUUAUUAGGGCAGCACAGCAUUCUAUCAUAGUUUAAUCAUGUGUAAUAUGCUUAGUCGUGAAUACUGCAGGGAUUACUCCAACACACAAGCUUGCUGUAAGCAGACAUCCACAUCCUUGUAUGUCGCUUAAUAACGUGGUCUGUUCUGAUGUUACAUUGAACUGAAACAAACCAAAUAUUAGUUGUAAAUGCAGAUGUUUAAGAUACCAUGAUCAAACUCGGUGUUUAAAGGUCACUGCUAUUGUCAACUCACGAUUAUUUGGAGCAAAACA